AUGUAUACCUCCGUGGGACUGACCUUUUUAGCUGCCUCUGCUCUCCUCGCCGGAGUGGAGGGUGCCUCCGGGACGGGAAAGUCGACCAGAUAUUGGGACUGCUGCAAGCCUAGUUGUGCUUGGUCGAAGAAAGCAGCCGUGAACCAGCCGGUAUUGACGUGUGACAAGAACGACAAUCCUCUUACCAAUGUCGAUACCAAGUCCGGUUGUGAUGGUGGCUCGGCUUUUACGUGUUCCAACAACUCGCCUUGGGCAGUCAACGAUCAGGUCGCGUAUGGGUUUGCCGCAACUGCCAUAAGUGGGGGAUCCGAAUCUAGCUGGUGCUGUGCGUGUUAUAAACUUACAUUCACAUCGGGGCCAGUGGCCGGCAAGACCAUGGUGGUCCAGUCCACCAAUACCGGAGGCGACCUGGGCUCUAAUCAAUUCGACAUUCUGAUGCCUGGCGGAGGAGUUGGACUCUUUGAUGGCUGCAAGGCCGAGUUCGGUACUUCGCUGCCAGGCGCGCAGUACGGUGGUAUCUCGAGCCAAUCGGACUGCAACUCUUUCCCCUCCAACCUCAAAGCCGGAUGCAACUGGCGUUUCGACUGGUUUAAGAAUGCAGACAACCCUGGCCUGACCUUCGAGCAAGUCCAGUGCCCUUCUGAGAUCGUUGCUAAGUCGGGCUGCCGUCGCAAUGACGACUCAUCAUUCCCUGCCUUCAGCCCCGGUAGUGCGGGAUCGACUACUAAGGUUUCAGCCACGUCAACUGCUCAAACGACGACGACAGUCGCGCCAGGCGGAGGGAGUGGAGGCGCUGGUGCGGAGCAUUAUGCUCAGUGUGGUGGUUCUGGAUGGACUGGACCUACAACUUGCGUGAGUCAUACCCAAUCAAAUCCCCUAUUCCUCCCUCGAUUAUGA